CCGACGGUCCAGAAUCAUCCAAUCCAAUGGCUCCUAUCAUCCCACGUACCCCCUCAACCUCCGCGAGCAGAAACCACCGCAUCUCAGCUGAAAAUCACGCCGCUCGCCCAGAUCGCUCCGCCUCCCCUCGCCCAACCUCCUCGCUCCGUUCUUCUCACGCCAACUGCAGCGCAGCCGCCGGCGCCGUCGAUUCCGACGCCCUGCCUUUGCCGCCGGCGCCCCUCCCAGCCGACCGCCUCCAGAUCGACGCCGCCGCUCCCAGACGCCGCCGCCGUCGCCUCGCCUCGCCCGAUCCCGGACGCCGCCGCGACUCACGCCGACGCCCCGACCCCACGCCAACCGCUACGCUGCCUCGUCCCUCACGCCAAUCGUCGAUCCACAUCUACGACCGCCGGCUUUCUCCUCCGCGGGCGCUGCUGACCGCCGAUCCACAUCCACAUCGAGGACAGCCAAGGAAGCCAGCGACAACCUCCUCUGCGGGCGCUGCCGACAGCCUCCGCCGCCCGCAUCGCCGAUCUACUCCACGCCGACUAUCUCCUCCGCGGUCGCUGCCGACCGCCGAUCCACAGCGAGGACAGCCGAACCACAUCCACACUGCAGUCCCUGGAGGCGAGCCACCAACAACAAGGAUUUGCGACUUCAGAUCAGUUCGAACAGUUGCUUCCCACCCACAUAACCUCCUUCCCUGCAUUGAAGGAUAUAUUGACUUGUUGAAUACCGCCAUCAUCGCCACAUCAGCCCGGCUGCCAUCUGGUUUCUUUUGCCCUGAUGUGAUGAACACAUCUGAAGGAGAGCAGCAGAGUAUUCAAGUACAUGUGGCAAAGCAGCAGGUGAGGAUAAUCAUUUUAUCACCAUAGUCAAAAGUAUGCCCCAAAAAUUAUUGCCAGUGGUUGAUUAGGAGACAAUUAGAUUGAAUAUCUUUAUAGAAAUAGAUGGAUAUUGUGUACUUCAGUCCUUGCAUGCUUUCAGAUUUGUAUGCUAAAUUUUCCUGUAGAUGCAUAUGCUGAAUGUUUCCUGUAAAUGCUUAUACUGAUUUUUUUUAUAUACAAAAGUAUAUACUGCAAUGUCUCCUA